AAAUCUGUGAUAAAAAUCGAAGUUUGAAGGCAAGUCUUCAGAAAAGUUAAAAGUUCCGUGCAUAAGAUGAUCUGUUGAAUGAACAGGAAAUUGUGGAAGCUGGUUAUUUCAGAAAUUUCUUAGAAUAGAAGAGUUCAACACAAUAAAGAAAAGCCAUGAGGAAGGCAAUCUUGAUCAGCCUUCUACUCGCUGUAAGUGUGCGGAACUCUCUGCAAGAAGGCAAUGAUGCUAACAAUGAUGAAUGGUUCACGCAUAUGCCGCACUCGUCUCCAAGUGGUACAACUGACAACGAGACAACCGUCCGGACAUCACCUAAAAUGGAUCAAGCUUCCAGCCAAUUUGACUGUAACUUCGAUUCAGGAUUCUGUGGAUGGACUCAAGAUAGCACAGAUUAUUUUGAUUGGAUCUUGCACUCUGGUCCUACUUCUUCUACCAAUACAGGACCAAGCUCAGAUCACACGACCGGAAGUGGACUGUAUGCAUACAUCGAGACAUCAAGUCCCAGAGUUCAGGGGCAGAACGCACGUCUGACAAGCCCCUAUAACCAGGUAGUGGCCGGCGGAACGAAGUGUCUUCGAUUCUAUUACCACAUGUACGGGGCGACCAUGGGCAUUUUCAAUAUCUACGUGUCGAAGGUCGGGGACCCCCUGGGUAGCCCCAUUUUUCAGAUGUAUGGGAAUCGGGGAAACUAUUGGAUUAUUGGACAGGUGAGAUUUUUUGUUUGACUUGUUUUAUUGUUUUGUCUUCGCCUAUUCGGACGUGUGUUUUUCCUUUUAUUAUGCUCAUUCUUCAUCAUGUUGGACAUGCUUGUAAACUGAGAACACGAGCAUUGUUAUUAGUAUCAGAGAUAUACUCCCCCCCCC